AACACGGUGGACAAACUCAUCAAGAAAACCAAUCUGGCCCUGGUGAUCGGCACCCACUCUUGGCGGGAGCAGUUCCUGGAAGCCAUCACUGUGAGUCCAGGUGUUGAAGACGAGGAUGAAGACGGGAGAGAGGAGAAGCUGCCCUCUUGCUUCGACUAUGUCAUGCAUUUCCUGACUGUCUUCUGGAAGGUUCUCUUCGCCUGCGUGCCGCCCACCGAGUACUGGAACGGCUGGGCCUGCUUUUGCGUUAGCAUCCUGGUCAUCGGCAUGCUGACCGCUCUGAUCGGCGACCUGGCCUCCCACUUCGGCUGCACCGUGGGGCUCAAGGACUCUGUGAAUGCGGUCGUCUUUGUGGCCUUGGGCACCUCCAUCCCAGAUACCUUUGCCAGCAAAGUGGCCGCCCUGCAGGACCAGUGCGCGGAUGCGUCUAUCGGCAACGUGACGGGCAGCAACGCGGUCAACGUCUUCUUGGGCUUGGGGGUGGCCUGGUCCGUGGCGGCCAUCUACUGGGCUUUCCAAGGCAAAAACUUCGAGGUGCAGACGGGCACCCUGGCUUUCUCCGUCACCCUCUUCACCAUCUUUGCCUUCGUUUGUAUCAGCGUCCUCAUGUACCGCCGGCGGCCCCACAUAGGGGGAGAGCUGGGGGGUCCCCAAACCGCCAAAAUCCUGACCACCUGCCUCUUCGUGGGCCUCUGGCUGAUCUACAUCCUCUUUGCCGGCCUGGAGGCCUACUGCCAUAUCAAGGGCUUCUGA